AAAGUAGUCAAGAAGAUAUACCAGUACGUGAGUCUAAUCCAUCCCCAAAAUUAAACAUAGAGUUUGAAUGGAACUAUAAAGUAAACAUAUUGCGUGGUCCAAACAUAAUAUUAUUAGGAGCAAUUAUAUUAAAGGUUUCCGAAACUGAUAAAACACUGUGGGCAUCUACAAUUAAAAUAAAAUUUCGAGGGGAUGAAACUGCUACAUCGCAUCUAGUGUCAUGCACCGCAAGAACUACAUAUUUUGAAUGUAGCAGUACGGUUUGGAGUGGCAACAUUGGAGGAUUCAAUUUCCAAUGGCAUGUUAUUUUCGCAUUAAAAAUUGCGGAGCUUACUCCAGGAGUGUAUAGGUUUGAAUUUGCACUCAAGUUACCUGCCAUAAACUUUCCGCCAUCGAUCGAGGGGCCAAAAGGGUUCUCAAUACGUUACGUGUGGCAGGCUGUGAUUGAAGGCGCUGGUGGAACAUUCAUUGAAGGACCUGAGGUUGUUACGCCUUUCGUUCCAAUAUAUUUUGCGCCACCUGCUCAAGAAUGGACCUAUAAAGAGACCUUACGUAAUGAAAAUAAAAUUUUAAUGCAUAUUGAGGCAAUUCUACCAAAACAUGUGUUUGCACCUGGUGAAGAAUUUAAUUUUACUCUUCAUAUUACAAAUCACUCCGCCGGACGGAUCACAUACACUCAAUGUUCUCUUCGUAAACAUUACGAAGGUCCUCUUGAUAAGGAUAUCAUAUGUGACAAACACGAACGCUCGCUUGCAUCGACUGAAGGACGUUGUGAUAUACCAGUCAUGCAGCGUUCGCAAACUGGAAAAAUCGAAUUUUCUCUUACAAUUCCUAAAAAACAUCAUCAUGUGCCCCCAACAUAUACGGGACGUCAUUUACGAGUGUACUAUACUUUACGAUGUGUUAUUCAAGUAGAGUCUGGUAAAUUCAUUACUAAUAUGCAAUUCUAUGAAAUUACCAUUCCUGUCUCUGUGACAUCAUUCCCGCAUCCGAAAGGGUUAGUUAAUUCUUUUCCCCCAUAUUCAGAGUCUCGUGCCAGACCAUACUUUUUUGACCCUAAACAGGAUUUUCCUCCUGAUCAUCCUGAGAGUAUUAGAUUUUCUUAUUCAGCUUUAAUGUCACAGUUUGACGCAUUUUGUGAUGGAUUUGAUUUAGAUCCAUACUAUUAUUGUUAUAAUGAUA